UUGGUCGAUCGCGCGCGACGGCAUCACGACGAUGGUGGCGAGCGAAGUUGGUCGAAUUUCCUAUAUAUAUUAUUGAUAAAUAGCUCGCGUCGUUGCCGAGUGCGACUCUCCGUGUGAAGCGGCCCCGAGGCCUGGAGCAACCCAGACGGGAACGGUGUGCGCGUUGCUGUGUCCGUCCGAUCGCGCGUGGUGCUGAACCUACGACGGUUACCUCGGCCACCGUGUGCGCGAGGCGUUUCGCGUGACGAUAUCCGUGCGUGCGUGCGUGCGUGCGUGCGUGCGUGCGUGCGUGCUUGCCCCGGGCGUGCUUCUCUCCGCGCGUGGAAGGAAGGAAGCGGUGGUGGCCCCGCGCCGCGCGGACGGCCGAUGUGCACGUACGACGUACCGUGACGACAGUUACGUGAGAGGAAGAGAGUGGGAGAGAGAAAGAGGGAUACGGAGUCGGCGAGAGAGGAAGAGAGAGAGAGUGAGACAGAGAGCGAGGAGAGAACGCGCGCGCGUCGCCUCGCAAACGGAGAUCGGCGGUGGACGGGAGCAGCCGAGCGCGAACGACGAGGAUUAUCGUGCGCGUUUCUGGGUGUGACGGACGUGAUCGCGAUUCGUUUAUCGGUGCACCGCACGUACCGGCGACAUCGUGCACGAGGUGGUGUUGUGCGCGAGAGUGGCCCCCGAAGGGCCGGGGCCCAGGCAGCGUUCCCUCGCUAAAGCCUGCGGCGCUAUCCCACGAGAGCAUGCCGAGCCCGGCCACGAAGAGGGCGCAGAAGAAGAGCGGCAUGCGGAACGUGGUGCACCGGAUAGCCCCUGUCUCGGCGCGCUCGGAAAUAUUUUAACAGCGCCACGUCGUCAACUGUAGCGAGCGGUGAGAGAGAAAGAGAAAGAGAGCGAGAGAGAAAAUAUUGCGCGGGCACAAAGUCCGACUCUGGGAAGUUGUCGCCCUAAAACUGAAUAGCGUCGUUGCUACGACUACAGGAGAAUCGUUAUUAUCAUUGUUGUCAUCGUCAUCAUCAUUAUCGUCGUUGGUUGUGUGGUGAGACGUUUUUCGUUUACGUUGCGGAGAGGACAGGCUUUGGGAAAUACGCUUAAGAAGACGUCAAGUAUGCUACGCUUCCUCAAACGUGGAAACGAAGAAACCGGUAUCACCUUGUGAUAAACAAUGGAUCCAUGAUCGAUAACAUGGGAGAUUCUGUGGAAACGACGUAAUUACGCGGCCGCGGAUGAUGGCAGGCCAAUGAUAAAACUGUUUAUUAGAAUAAAGCGGAAACAGUUGGGACAAAGAGUCAAGUCGAACGAAGAGUCAGUCUGAACAGGGCGGCGGACGGUAAGGGAGGCAGGACAGAGCCGUAGUAAUGGAUGAAUGGGAGUGAGCGCGGCGCACGGGGAGUGCAGGAGCGGCGGACGCGCACUUUGUGGCACGUCGUGGGAGCCUCUGAAUGUGGAGGCCGCGGCACUGGCAGCGUCAGUGGCAGUGAUGGCCCCUGCUCUGACGGAAGGCGGUCCUCAAAAGCCUGAAAACUUGCUCCCUACCCUACCAGCCGCCAGCGGCUUUCUGUCCGCCGAACAGGCCACGCAGGUGUGCCAGGACCGUGAGAUCUUGACCAAGUUUGUGGUGCCGGCGAACGUGCAACCGUCGAAGAUCGACGAGCAGUGCUUGCGCGGUAUCUCAAAGGACCUCAUACGCGAUGUCAUUAACUCCAAGUACGCAAACGACCUCGACUCGCUGUCCGCGUUUACGAACACGUCCGACUUGAUCGGAUCGAGGAACGGUGCGGCGAACUGUUUGCAACAGCAGGCGGCGGCGCCGGCGGCGGCGGCGGCGGAGGCGGCGGAGGAGGAGGAAGAAGAGGAGGAGGAGGACUUUGAGCGGCCGGUCACGCUGCCGGACGCCGGUCACGCCGAGGGGAAGGUGAUCGACAUUAUAAUGAACGACCCAUCUAUGGGUGAUCAAACGAACAACAUGGGUUUCUUGAAAUCGAACGUGGACUUGCCCCUGGUGGCUACCGAGACCGAAACGGAAGACAAUAAGAAUCUGGACGUCGAUCAGAUCAUGGCCUUCGGCACCGAUAUCACGGCCGAGCAGUGCAACAUGGCGAAUGUCGCUGAUAUCGGGCACAACGUGGAAGAGAUAUUGCAGGUCAUUAAUUCGAUAGAGGGUGCGGAGAGCACCGAGAACAUUUCCACGGACGGUGUUGAGCCAGUGCAAGGCGCUGUCGACAGCGUGGAGAUGUUUGCCAUGCCUGAGGAGGGAUUCGCGUCCUUUGAGCGGGAUUUACUUAACGACGUGGACGUAAUGAGUCUUUGCAACGAUAAUAUAAAUAUACCAGUGGACACGGUGGAUCAGCAGAAGUCGAACAAUUUGAGACUGCAACAGGACAUUGUGAUGCAGAAACAAUUUGAAAGCGAGAGGAGAUGUGCGUUUUUAUUGAGAAGACUGAGAAAACUUCAGACGAGAAUAAUAGGCAGACACGUGGCGGAGGAGAAUACCGGCGUUCUCGAAUUGGCUCAUCACGGAGUUAAAAAAUAUCUUUUACAAGAAUUGGCUAAUAUUGGCUCGAAAUCCAAUGUGAGAAACUUUCCCGAGAUUAGCGGCAGUUUGCGUUCGUUUCUGCAGAGAAUCGAGAAAAUGUGCGUUGCUCAGAGUAACAGUGUGAACCGUCAAAGAGUGUGCCGAUACUUUGGUGGAGGGUCGCGCGAUAACGUGGGUGGUGGUACGUCCGGCAGUAACGGUAAUCGCCAGCCAAUGUUUGGUACCCCUCAGGUUAAACUAAAUGGUGAAGAAGUGGAAAAUGUGGCCGGAUCUUUGUCCACGCAAUUACAUAUUGUGGAAUCUAACUUGGAUUCGGACUGUACAGCAUCCAGUAGUGGUGGAGAAAGUUGCGAUGAAAUGCAGACGUUUAACAAUACACAACAACAGCGUCUGUCCAUAUCCAAAAGAGCAGCAUGGAGAUAUGCACAGGAUCGUGCAGGUGUAGCAUCACGUUGGACCUGGCUACAGGCACAGAUAUCAGAUUUAGAAUACAGAAUUAGACAGCAUAAUGAUCUGCAACGGCAGAUCAGGGCCGCGAAGGGCCUGGUCGUUCUCGAAAAUGCGGAAACCGUUAAUGGAUACAGUGGCGCUCUACCAGGGUCCACUGGACGAUACAAUUCGCCCGAGGGUGAAUUACCAGCUAGUAGAACGCGUCCAUUUGUAUGGAAUUUUUAUAGAAAGCGAAAGCUUUUGCAAGUGGACAGGCUACACGAAGUUUCAAAGCGUGCAGCUAAAGCGUCAACUGUGAGAUGCAAUUGUGAUCAUGUGUUGCCUGCGUGUGCUUUAUGUACAGGAAGGCUAGAUCCAAUGCAGCCACAAGAACCAAUUGAACAGCUUUCUGUACAGGAACGUGUAGCACUUGUUGAUCCCAGUUAUCAUCCGGUGUUGUCAUUCUCUGAUGAAAUUGUACAUGGAACACAUUUAGAAGCUAUUAUGAAAUCAGUGGAAUGGCAGCAGAAAAUGAUGAGAGGCAAUUUGCGAGUUACCCGUGUGAAAGAUAAAGAUAGCAACGAAAGAAGAAAUAAAAAACUUCCUAAUAGAACAAAGUAUACCGCGCGAUUAAAGAAAUCAUCCUCUACUAUUCUUACAGCAAGGAUCAAGAGAAAAAUGUUGAAAAGCGAAAAGAGAAAUAGACUCAGUCACGAGAGAAGCGUGCCUGGAUUGAGUAAGAAAAAAGUAUCGAAGUUGCCGACUGAGGAUGACGACGACGUUAGCGCGCUUUCAAGUUCCAGCAAACACUCAUCCCCAGUGCCUUCUCCAUUGCAACACGUUACUGCCUCGACGGAGAAAAACGUUGUUAAAGAGAAAAGUUCCAAUUCACAUGGGCGUUUGCGACAAAACUCUUACGACAUCGACAAUAUAGUCAUCCCUUAUAGUGUCGCUGCUUCAACUAGACCUGAAAAGUUACAAUAUAAGGAGAUAUUAACACCAAAAUGGAGAUUGUGCGAGGAACCCUCGAAAAUGGAUGUGAAAAAUGGUGUGAUGCACAGGCCUGAUCCGGACAGUGACUUCGAAGAUAUGUCGGACGAAACGAUCGCUCUGAGGCACGAGCGUAGCGAGCGCGAGGAAUACAAACGUUUCAUGACGUAUCUCAAUACGCCAAAUCAACCACGUAUUCGUAAUCGUCGUAUCGACAGCAGAGCAGACAGCGGUGCGAACACACCAGAUCCUUUGUCGCCGCACGCGAGCAGUGACUUCGGUGGAGACGUGACAUCUCCAAUCACAUCUCCCCCUGCCACUCCGUCUCAGGUGCAGGACACAGAGUCAUCGGGUUUAGAUUCGCAUCGAUCGUCUGCUUUACAAAAUUCUUUGCGACGUCGCACCAUGCCCGCUUUAAGACUCGGGAGAGACGAUGCCACAGCCGCAUUUACCGAAGAUGAUAACGAGAUAUUGCCGUACGAGCCAAGAGUAUUCCCAUUAUCCGAAGAAGCUUACGACAAGAUGCUGGAAGUGAUGCCAGACGGACAUUGGCAGGCCUCAUCAACGUCUUUAUGUUCCCGCGACGGCGAUAAGGGCGAUGAUGAAGCCGAAAUGGAUUCUCCCGAAUCGGAUUCGACCGAAUCGGCUUGUUGCGAUAUAGAUGGUGAGGAUCCCAAUGAUCCCGAAUGGACGGUAGCUGACGAUAGAGACACUGAGAAGGAGAGAAUACGUCCGACGGCUAAAAGAUAGGAUAUAAAACCCUUAAUAAGUACAGUAUAUCUACAUCGUUACUAUAUGCAGAAGCUACCUGUCAAUUGUUAUAUAUACCUGUCGGUCAUGUAACAUUGCACCUUAAGUUAAUUACCAACCUGUAAAGUGUAUUAUAAAUAUAAAUUUUAUAACUUCAUUCUCUCUGCUUAAAUUAAUGGAAAUACCUUAAUUAAUUAUUAUUGCUUUUUUUUUUAAGUAUUGCUAUUUUGGCCAAAGCAGUAGAACUCUAGCGUCAUAUUACGUUUAGAAUUAUUGAUUUUUCCUGCUCUGUUACACAUAGUAGAUAGUAUUAAUUCUCUGAAAGAAGUGGAAUCUCAUGACAAAUUGUGCGGUUUUGUACAAAAACUGUAUUUAUAUUGCGAUCGGAGCUCUUCAUUUUAAAUAAAAGUGCCAAUCGAAAUGUUCUGUAGCACUGUGUACCUUCCAAUAUAUAUAUAUAUAUACACACAUGCUUUUUCUAUUUUGCGAGAGAGAAUAUACACCGCAGCCUGCGUGACAUACUCUACAAGAAGUGUUAAUAUUACAAAUGCUUAAAAUGUAACGUUACUAUUUUAUCAAUUAUGUCAAAACUUGUAUUUAAAUCCUUGUACAUUGUCCGCCACGAAACUCUUGCACCUAAUUUCGCAAACGUAAUUUAUGUAACAGUCAAAAUCAGUUUCCUUAGCAUGGAUUUUUUUUUAUAGAGUUAAGAUAAUCCCGUUUUAUUUUCGUAUAUGACCGAGUCGUGUCUUAAGAUAUUACUAUUACAUUAUACAGGUAAGGAUAAUGUUAUAAAAAUUAAAAAUUAUAAAAGAAAAAUUGUAAAUUUAUGUAUCAUAGAAGAUAUUCUUGACAUAGCGUGUGAAAUUUGAUGUAGAACAGAAACUACUAAUAAUUAAAAAUGUGUUAUCAGUUAAAUUCUGACACUCUGUAUUUUGACUGUUAUGUUCUUAUCAUUGGUAUAAUUUGUGAAGUAUAUAUAUUCACUUGUUAAUUUAAGCGUUCAUAUAAAUAAAGUCUUGUGUCACUGUGAUUUCGCAAUUUUCUAAUAGUCUGUGAUACUACAUGUAUUUUCUUUCGUAUUAAAAGUUUUAUAACCAGGUAAAAUAAUGUCUAUGAAUUCUUAAGAGUCGCAUGCGUUUCAAUUUUGUAUAUCACUUUUACGAGAUGCAAAUAAAAAUAGGUGACAACAGAAA